AAUUCGGAAGAAGUUAAUGCAGUCAAAGUUUCUUUUUUGCGUUUCCUGCGCAUUGUUAUUUGCUCGAUCUUCCAGCUAUGGCAAAGACACGACAGAUUUUGCAAGGUAUAUCCAUCACCAAAGAGCCUCUUCAACUGGAAUGGUACCGACGUCUUCGAAGUGUGUCGGAUUGAACAACGAAUCGGGUCACUGCGAGCACUUAAAACGGUGCUUAUCUCAUGAGUAUGGUUCAAACUUUACGCUGGCUAUAAAUCACUCGUGCGUAAUCGACCAAACAUACACAGGCAUUUGUUGCUCGAGACGUGGCAACGAAACGCGUACAAAUUCUAUGGUAGACGAGGAUUUUGCCGACACUCUUCCGCAGAUUGCUGCGAGUGACGAUAAGAAACAAAAUGAGGUGAGAAUCGUUUGGUCGGGCGAGCAUAGAACGACAACGUCUCGGCCUAAAAAUCCGGCAUUGAGAGGAUGCGGAACUACAUUGAAAAGUCAAAGCAAGUUGCUGGGCGGUAGACCGGCCGAUUCCACGAAAUGGCCCUGGAUGGUAGCUCUUCUUACAACGAAUAACGCUUACUAUUGUGGUGGUGUGCUCGUCACCGAUAGACACGUUUUAACGGCUGCCCACUGCGUCUACAAAUUUGGACCACAGGAGAUCAAAGUCAGGCUCGGUGAAUACGAUUUCGCGACGAGCGAAGAAACGAGAGCCGUGGAUUUCGCGAUUUCCGAAAUACGUAUACAUCGAGACUUUGCUCUUGACACGUUCGAAAAUGACAUAGCAAUAGUCAAACUGUACCCACCGACCGUCUUCGACAGUUACAUUUGGCCCGUGUGUCUGCCACCAAUUGAUCAAACGUUCGAGUACAAGGACGCAGUUAUAACAGGUUGGGGCGCACGCUACUACGGAGGCUCCUAUAGUAAGGUUUUGAUGGAAGUCGAGGUCCCAGUAUGGCCGCAGAGUAAAUGCACGAGCAGUUUCACUCGACGAAUCGCUAAUACGACGAUUUGCGCCGGCGCUUACAACGGCGGAGGCGACGCUUGUCAGGGUGAUUCCGGUGGACCACUCCUUCAUCAGCUUGCAAAUGGCAGAUGGCUACCGCCGCAUAAGAAACAACGCCGAUUUUGUACAACGAAGAAAACUUACCGAGAACCGGAAGGACUUUCGGCAACGCGAUAUCGAACCUAG